CAAGUCCAUUAAACUUGACUGAUGUCAUUUGAGUAGUACUUCAAACGGAAGAUUCAAUUUAAAAUAAACAAUUUAUGUACAAAUAUUAUACAAUCUAACAAGAUUUUAUUACUAUUAUUCCAAUACUGACUACGAGUCAUCGUAGAAAUAUCGAGAGGCAUAGUAAUGAUAUCUCUCACUUGUCUCGUUUGAGUGUAACUCAUCAAUUUUCUUUAUUCACAAACAAUUAUCUUAUUAGUUAAUGAGUAAGUCAUGUUGAGUCUGAAACUAAACGAGGUAAUGCAAUAAACAAACAAUAAUAUAUAAACCUAGAUUCGUGUCGUAUUCUUUCAGUCUCAAUCUUUGAUGGUUCUAUUGCGACUUGUAAUAGAUAGUAUAUUAAUGCAAAAUUUAUUUUAUUUCUAAUAUUGAGCUACUCUUAUUGUUUUUUAAUGAUGUCAUAUUUAUUUGUAGAAAGGAUUUUAUUUACAAGGCAAAUCAAGUAACAUUAACAUGUCUUCAAUUAAUCAAUGCCGAACAUCAAAAUGAAAUGAUUAAUAUUCGAUUUAUUCGUGCAGUUGUAGAAAGUUAUAUCGAACUAGGCUUUGAGCAAAAUUCAUCUGUAUCAAAUAGUAAUGAUCAAAUAACAUCUCCAACAUUGAAAAUUUAUAAAGAUUACUUUGAAGUACCAUUUUUUCAAUAUACAGAACAAUUUUAUCGUUACGAAGCAUCUAAUUUUCUUAUUCACAAUUCUAUAUCUGAAUAUUUGAUAAAAGUAUCACGAUGGAUUGAUGAAGAAUUACAUCGAGUACAAUCAUACUUACAUUCAGCAACAUCAGCAUCUUUAAUUAAAAAAACUUGA